UCCACUUCUUCACCUUCUAACUCUUCCUUUUCCUGCAUCGUCUUCGAUUGUCCUUGGCCUUGACCAAUUAAUUAGCCAUAAGAUCCAUGGAGGAAAUGUGGAAAGAUAUUAGUCUCCCCUCCCUAAAAGACCUCCCUCCUCUCUCCACCAGACCCAACAACCCUAACUUUCCCGGCAUCAUCCUUCUGGACCUUUUUGCCGGACCCAUCUAUAAUAAACAAACUCCAACUCUAGGAACAUCACAUGUCUCCAAUGACACUUCUCGACCACCCACUGCCGCCACAGCUUUGAACUUGAAUUCCUGCUCGGACUUGUGGUACGUCGACAGCGGUGGCCCUUUGAGGUCGUCGAACCCAACACUCAACACUCCUAUAAGUGUUGCAGCGGCUCCAGCUUUUGGUUCUUCUCACAACACUACUUUUCAUGGUUUUGGUUCUUUGGCAGUCUUCCCUCCUUUUGGAAGAAAAAGGGCUCCAGAAAGUAAUGAAAAAUCCAACUCCAACGAUAGGCGGCAUAAGCGCAUGAUGAAGAACAGAGAGUCAGCUGCUCGGUCAAGAGCUAGAAAACAGGCUUACACAACUGAGUUGGAGCUUGAAGUUGCUCAUUUAAAGGAAGAGAAUUCUAAGCUUAAAGGGCAGCAAGAUAAGUUGUUGUCAGCUCCAGAUCAGCCGCCAAAAAAGACUACUCUAAGUAGAACUUUAACUGCUCCUUUUUGA